AUGUCAGAUACAAAUUGUGGCCGUCUGAUAUCGGUCCUGGCGUUUUACGUCUUCUCAUGCUCGUGCUUCCGUGAUGCACAGCCUAGAAAACCGAGUCGUGAAAUACGACAUGAAGCGCAAGCACUUUGGCGUGAGGAGAUUGAAUCCGGUCCAAUACCGUCAUUCAUCAAGAACAACAAUCACUGCCGGCAGGCUUCCAGAGGAUCAUCCCGUGUCAAUAGCAAAAACUCUCGGGCUAGUACUCCAUCUUCUGCUAAAGCCACAAGCCGAUGUUCACUGCCGUUAAAACCCGGAGCCGAACCCGAGCCUCUCGAAAACCUCAUUCCUCAAGCCGAAAAACGGAAGCCCCAAAGAAUCACGACUGUGACGGUUUCAGAAUUACCGAAGAUUCAUCCGCCCAUCAAUGAUCGACACCCACCCGUUGUUUCAGCGCUACCAGAGUCGAAGAGUGCUACAGCAUGGAUGACACUUCCACCGCCGCCAGCGCGCGUCAUGAGGGCCAUUAAUAGAGCUACACACUUGGGGAAAAGUAGUCAGCGAGAUGGGACGGACACGGUACUUUGGGGGAAACGGUUGGCAAACUUAGAAAACCGCUCAACGUCACUAAGUAGCUCAAAGGAAAAAUCCGAGGUUACUUUGGUGGAAGACGUAGAGAAAAGUAUUUGGAAAAGGCAUUAUGAGGAUCAAGAUGAAAACUCGGAGGCCAUGCAUCGCACCUUGUCUCAGGAGAUUGGAUCAAAGACGCGGUCGGGAAUACCUUCUCCGGCUUCCGGUGCACAUUCUCGCGCUGAAUAUGGAUGCCGAUACCUAGACCCCAGUUCUGGGGCCACUAAGUCUUACACAUUGACCUACGAUCAAGAGUUUCUGGGCCAGACUCCCCCGCCGUCUGCGACGACAUUUGUCGAAAUAGUUCGAAGGCCACCACCAGCACUGAAGGCGCCUCUUGCAAAACCGGAAAGUCUUAAUGGGUUUGAGGAUAUCUAUAGUUGA